AUGCAGGGCCUUCUCAAGAAAAUCGCGCUCGCCUUGGGCGUCUUGAAGUUUCAAGACGCCAGUGGUCACCCCGUGUGCAUUGUCGGGGCUGGCCCGGCAGGUCUCACAGCCGCGGCUGAGCUCGAGUUGAAAGGCAAGCAGACUGUGGUGUUUGAGAAACAAGAUGCCGUGGGAGGAAAAUGCCAAGCCGUUUACCAAGAUGGCGGCUUUAGUCCAUUAGGAGCUCUCAUCUUCACACCACCAACCUACAGAGAAUCCAUCAAAAUGAUAGUCAAAAGCGGUGUGGUCUCUGUUCCAUUCAUUUCAGGUAACAAGUAUCAGUACAAUACUACAACUGGAGAACUAUGGGAACGGGCGAAACCUCCUCCUGGCUUCGUCCAGCUCCUCAUGCAAGAAGUCGGUAGAUACGUGCGCUGGUGGAACAACAACUUCUACUUGUAUAACACCGCUGCGAGUUACAGACAUGGAAUCCCAGAUGAGCUCACAGUGACUACGGCCGAUUGGUUAGCCAAGAAUCAGUACAAAGCGCUCCAGACAGUGUUCAUCCAGUCCAUGGUAGCGUAUGGGUAUGGGGAUUACAGACAGGUCCCAAUUAUCUACAUGCUUCAAUAUUUGACACCGGAUGUCAUGAUGGCUCUGCUGAAAGUGCAGCAGGGAGUAGAAGUCAACAUUGCUGAUCGGACGGGUGACCACCCCACGAUCAAGUACCACACAUCUCAGGAUCCCAAUCAACAGACCAAGACGCAGCCAUGCUCUGCAGUCGUAAUAGCUUUCCCACCCACUCUUCGCGCCCUGCAGAGCGCCGGGCUAGACCUCACCGAGAGCGAGCGAGCAGUCUUUUCUGCUGUGGGCAUCAACUCGUUCUUCUCGGGCGCAGUCCGCAUGAAGACGCCCCACGCCAUGACAUUCGGGGCCGCCAGCCCUCACCCCAUGCUCCCCGUCGACCCCACGGGCGAGCCGGUCGUGGCCGUCAAGCUGCACCAGGACCUCGAGGUCGCCAUCACGUCCUCGUGGGGCCCCUACCGCGGGAACCUGACCAAAGCCGAGGCUUACGACCGGCUGAAGUCCACCCUUUCCAAGCUCAACAGGGACCCCCGAGACAGCGCAUCGGUGGCUGUGCCAGUCACGGAUGAAGACGUUUUGGCAUUCCAGGAGAACGAUUACUUCCCGCACUUUGAUGAGCACGAGCUCGCCAUGGGCUAUUACGAGAAAUUCGAGAGGUUGCAAGGCCAGGGCAAGACUUAUUAUGCGAGUGGGUUCAACAUGUUCGAGCUGAUAGAGUAUGCGAUCCGGGCGGGUCAGGACGUUGUUAGAACACACUUCUAG